UAGUAGAGUGACAACCUCAAACUCCUCCCUCACCUUAAAAAUAAAUAUAAAAUCUUUGCUUAUUUUCCGGCACCUCUUACUAACGGCGGCUCCAUGCGUUGUCCAAACUCUUCCACCGCCAACCGUUGACGGAUGGGUUGCGCGCUCGGAAAACCUGCCGGUGCCGGAGCUCGGCAUCGUCGCCGUGAUAACACUGCAACUGCUAACGGAGGUAAUAAUGCUGUUGAAGUUCAGGAGAAGCAGGAGGCUGAGGCUCCUACCGCCUGUGAACUUCCGGCACCGGUGAGCCUGCUACCUCGACUUAAUUCAUUGGCAGCAACUCAACAGAGUUGGCCGCCGUGGUUGAUGGAAGUUGCUGGUGAUGCAAUCCGAGACUGGACUCCUCGGCGCGCCAACACGUUCGAGAAGCUUGCUAAGAUUGGGAAAGGGACUUAUAGCAAUGUGUACAAAGCUAAAGACCUUGUUACUGGAAAGAUAGUGGCAUUGAAGAAAGUUAGAAUUGAUAAUUUGGACGCUGAGAGUGUGAAGUUUAUGGCAAGAGAGAUUCUUGUUUUGAGGAAGCUUGAUCACCCCAAUGUUAUAAAGCUUGAGGGUUUGGUUACUUCAAGAAUAUCAUCAAGUCUUUACUUGGUAUUUGAGUACAUGGAACAUGAUCUUGCUGGUCUUAUAGCUGGCCUUGGUGUCAAAUUCUCUCUACCUCAGGUCAAAUGUUAUAUGAAACAAUUAUUGUCUGGCCUUGAGCAUUGCCAUAGCCGAGGUGUAUUGCACCGUGACAUCAAGGGCUCCAAUUUGCUUAUUGACGACGAAGGAAUACUUAAAAUUGCAGAUUUUGGACUCGCGACUUUCUACGAUUCUAAGCAAAAGCAUCCGAUGACUAGUAGAGUCGUGACCCUUUGGUAUCGUCCCCCCGAGCUUCUUCUUGGAGCUACAUUCUAUAGUGUUGGGGUUGAUCUUUGGAGCGCUGGCUGCAUUUUGGCAGAGCUUCUUGCCGGAAGACCAAUCAUGCCUGGAAGAACCGAGGUUGAGCAACUUCACAAAAUAUUUAAGUUAUGUGGCUCUCCAUCUGAGGAAUAUUGGAAGAAAUAUAGAUUGCCAAACGCUACUCUUUUUAAGCCACAGCAACCUUAUAAAAGGCGCAUUUCAGAAGCAUUUGCUGUUUUUCCACCUUCUUCAUUACCUUUAAUUGGAACUCUUCUUGCAAUAGAUCCUGAUGACCGCGGAACUACCUCUUCUGCUCUGAUUAGUGAGUUCUUUACCACUGAACCCUAUGCUUGUGAACCAUCAAGUUUACCAAAGUAUCCUCCCAGUAAAGAAUUGGAUGUGAAGCUGAGAGACGAAGAAGCAAGAAGGCAAAGAGCUCUAAGUGGAAAAUCUAAUGCAGUUGAUGGUGCCAGACAAAGUAGAGCACGUGAGCGCAGUUAUGCCAUUCCAGCCCCAGAAGCCAAUGCAGAGAUCCAAACAAACUUAGAUAGGUUGAGAGUUGUGACAAAUGGAAAUGGAAAAAGUAAAAGUGAGAAAUUUCCACCUCCUCAUGAAGAUGGAGCUGUAGGAUAUCCAGGGGAUGGAUCAAAUAAAGGAGCUGUUUCAUUUGGAACAACUGAAAAAACUUCAUUUAGUUCAAUAUUAUCUAAUUCAAUACAUUCUAAAUCUGUUGGAAGUUAUGCAGGCAGCUCUUAUAAAAGGAGGAAAAGUAAUGAAGCAGAUUCCAGGAUAUCAUCAUGGAAAUUUAUGCGUUCUUCUUUCAAGCCCUCAACUGUGGGUCUUUCAUUUAAUUUAUUAUUUAGAAGCAGAAGAUAAUCUUUCUUUUUGGAUUAUAGCAUCCUAGAAUGUGGAAAGCAAUGAAUGACACCUCCAUAAAUCAUUUUUGCCGCUGUAAUGAGGAUUUUAUUUAUUCAAUUUUUUUUCUUAAUGUUGGUCCCAUUGUUGUGUAUUUCACUCUGCAUAAAAGUGUUUGAUGUGCAUAAUGUACAAUGAGAAUGAUUACCUUUGUACAUUUA